AUGAGCAGUCGAAAAGGAACUUCAAAAGAAAUGAUAUCGGACAAUAAAGGCAACUUUGUAUUAGCAAACAAAGAGCUACGAAGUUUCACUGAUGACGAAAAGAAAAGAAUAAAUGAGGCAACAAGCCAUGUUGAUACUAAAUGGCAUUUUGACCCACCAGCAGCCCCUCAUUUUGGAGGAGUUUAUGAAAUCAUAAUAAAAGCCGCAAAACGAGCAAUUUAUUCCCAACUUGGAAAUGCGGAUAUUGUUGACGAAGAACUUAUUACAGCGUUUGUUGGGGCAAAAGGACUUAUAAACUCACAACCAUUGACUUAUCAAUCGAGUGAUCCUAAAGACUGCACACCCCUUACACCAAAUCAUUUUCUAUUUGGACAAUUAGGCGGUAAGCUCGCCGCUGAUGCAGUGGAUAUUACUUCAUUCAACUCAAAAGGAAGAUGGCGAAGAGUCCAAUAA